AUGGCGGACACGACAGUAGCACAUCUCGAAGUACCCAAUGUGACCUGGUGGAAGAAGCCCGGUCUUCGAACACUGUAUUUGAUGCUGCCCAUCCUCUUCCUCGGCUCGACAACGAAUGGUUACGACGGGAGCUUGCUUAACGGCCUCCAGACCAUGGUUCCCUGGCAAGCAUACUUCAAUAACCCUGCUGGAGCGCGCCUUGGCCUCUUCAGCGCCAUCAUGAAUGUUGGAGGUUUCUGCGCCUUUCCCGUUUCGCCAUAUCUUGCAGACUGGUUUGGCAGGAGGGCUGGUGUGGCCGCUGGUAUAUCCGUCUUGAUCAUCGGUGUGAUCAUCCAAGUAGUGCCUGGUGCUACUUCAGGCAUGUUCAUCGGCGGUCGUUUUCUGGUUGGAUUCGGCUCGAACAUUACUCAAGCCUGCGCACCACUGCUCGUCAUCGAGCUCGCACAUCCACAACAUCGAGGCAAGGUUACAACGAUGUACAACACACUUUGGUAUGUUGGAUCCAUCGUCGCAGCCUGGACGGUCUUCGGCACCAUCAAGUACACCGGAAAUGCUGCAUGGCGUAUACCAGUGGCCGUCCAAGCCUUAAUGCCAGUGAUUCAGAUUGUAUGUGUGUGGCUAUUGCCAGAGUCACCGAGAUGGCUGUGCUCGAAGGACAGAUCGGACGAAGCUCUCCAAGUCCUCAUCAAGUAUCAUGCUGAUGGCGACGCCGACGAUACUUUCGUCAAGGCAGAGUUCAUUGAGAUCCAGGAAACGAUUGCGCUCGAGAAGCUUGCUUCGAAGCAAGGAUGGGACGUAUUCAUGCGUACUCCCGGCAAUCGGAAGCGUCUUCUGCUGAUCAUCCUGACGACGUUCUUCUCGCAAUGCUCAGGCAACGGCAUCGCUUCGUACUACCUCCACGAUAUUCUGAACUCUGUCGGCGUGACAUCUUCGUACGACCAAUCUCUUGUGAACGGUGGACUGCAGAUCUGGUCUUUCCUAGUCGCCAUUGGCUUCUCGCUUCUUGUUGACAAGCUUGGGCGCCGCAAGCUUUUCCUGACUGCUGGCAUUGGUAUGCUUGUCGCCUUCAGCAUCUGGACUGGCUGCUCUGCUGUCUAUGCUCAGACAGGUAACAAAGGAGCUGGAGCGGCUGUCAUCGCCAUGAUAUUCUUCUUCUACUUCAUGGCUGGCUUCGCAUGGCCUGGGCUCACCGUCUCAUAUUGCUCUGAGAUCCUUCCUUUCAAUAUCCGAGCGAAAGGCCUCGGCAUCGCUUUCGGCGGACAAGCGGCUGCUUCUGUCCUCAAUCAGUAUAUCAAUCCCAUUGGCUUGGAAGCUCUCAAGUGGAAAUUCUACUUCGUCUACAUCGUCAUACUCGUCCUGGAGUGCCUAUGUAUCUACUUCCUGUUUGUUGAGACGAACGGUCCAACGCUUGAAGAGAUCGCGCAUCUUUUCGACGGUGAAAAUGCGGCUGUUGCAAGCGACGGCAUAAUCGACAAGAGGAUGCAAGGGAAGGAGGAUCCAAAUUAUGGUUCGCAAGUUGAGCAUUUAUCGAGGGUAUAA